CCAAAGACUAGUGAAGUCUGCGCACAAGUCUUCCUAACAAUGUCCCACCACAUCUCUGUUAACUCCAUUGCAUCAUACACAAUCCAAUCAAGCAUGAAAGUCCACUCCGUCCUUCCGGCGGCUCAACACCAGUCUCCCUGAGAAGUUUCCUCCAUCUUGCCAGGAAGUUUACAACGAAAGACCCAACAUGGGGGGACUCCAAGCAGCCAGCAUAUAUGUGUUUGGCACAAGUGAGCCACAGGAAUCCCAUGGCUGGGAAUCACCCGAACCAGACCUCGCCUUAUUGGAGCUUCUCAUCAUCAAUGGAGUCUGCCAUGGAUACGUUUGAGUUCUCUGAAUUCCUCGAGUUAGAUGACUGGUGUGAGGAAGAGCCCCUCUGUCAAAUGAUCACCGACCAUCCUCAGCCGAGUCUGCUUCAAGCGAUGAACGAGGAUUCUCCAUCUGAGGGGGGAGUUAGCACCUCCCAGGACGGGCCUAGAAAUGAUGGUGGAAACAACAUGGGAGGCAUACAAAAGUUUGUAUUCAAAACAAAGUCAGAUAUUGAUGUACUUGAUGAUGGCUACAAGUGGAGGAAAUAUGGCAAGAAGAAGGUGAGGAGCAGUCCCAAUCCAAGGAAUUACUACAAGUGCUCUGCCAUUGGAUGUCAUGUGAAGAAGAGAAUUGAAAGGAUGAAAGAAGAUGAAACUUAUGUCAUAACAACCUACGAGGGUACCCAUAACCAUGAAGGUCACCCGCCCUCAUCACAACAUCGGAGAAACUCAGUGAUACUACGUUCCCAUCCAGAAUGACAAAAUCACAUUAAAA